AUGACGAGGCAUAAUUCCCCUCAGACAAGAAAAUAUCACAUCCCCAGCGAGAUCCGUACAGUCGACCUGCCGGACGUGGAUGAGCAAGAGCUCCCCCACAGUGUUAGACUUUUUCUAAAGGAAGGCGGAACACUCCAGUGCGCUUGCCAAAAUCGUAGUGAGCAGAAGGAGGUUUUCGGAGUAAUCCGUGGCUGCACCUCUUAGAAACGAUUUUUGUUUCUUGCCCCUCCUCCCACUAUAGGGCCCCGGCUCACACGUGGCCCUUGGUAAUUAUUUUACAUAACCUAGUUCUCCAGAUACCACUUUUUUUCAAUUGUUUGUAAACAACUGGUCGGAUGCCACAACGCCCUGUGGACGUUCUAUCAUGCACCCGUGUUCUUUUUGUCUCAGGGCUAGUCACCACAUCGAAACUCUUUUCCUAUUCCUUACUAUCGUCCUAUAUUCUCUUUCCAUAAUAUUAUUAUCUUCAUAGCGAGGCGGGUGUGGGGGUAAGCAGGGGUUUUUGUCUGUGAUUUCCAACAUUUACUUUUACUCUUUCUAAAUUUUUUAUUGAGCAUCUCCCUAAGGAGUGACUUUUUCUUUGGGCGUAGCCUUUUUUAUGUUCUUCCCUCCCCGCAUUCCCUUUGACCUGUGUGUGCGAUAUUACCUAGCGCAGUGCCAAUUUUCUUGCUCUCUUUUUAUUUAUUUUAUUUAUUAUAUACCCCUAUUUUUACAUUCGUAUCACCAAACUGGAUGGAUAGAGGGGGAACGGGAACGAGAAGGACAGUGGGGAUGUUCUAUCCUGUGUAUUAUUAUGGAUUACACUUUGAUUGGUUUGGUCGGUCUAGUUGGGCUACGAUAUUUCAGCGGUACUGUGCACGGGUACCGAGUUGUCCGUCCGGCGGCGUACUGAGUACUUACAUUCUACGUUCUACCACACACACUUUUUUUCUUUUGGUUUUAUCCUUAUUAUCAUUUAAUUUUUCCUGUUUUAUUUAGUUUACUUCGAGGGAGUUUCUUUCUUUCUUUCUUUCGCAAUACAACAGGGAAGGAAAGGGGCAGAUAAGCAUAGGCUGGAUCGCUUAUUUAUUUAUUUAUUUUCUUUGUUUAGAAGUAUAUUGUAGGUAGAGCCUAGCAGGAAUUCAACCAUCGAGCUUAUACGAUA